AAAACGCAUCACUCAUACAAAACCCUGUAAUGCCUGUAAGCUAUAGUACCGUUUUAGAACUGUUAAGCUUAAACAACACAUCUUAUCUUAUACUUACACAACACAUGAGUAGAAAUAUUUUAUGCGCAUAUAAAGCCGCAUUUACGGCUCGCAUACGUCCUUCGUAGGCCGGAGCCCCUCCUCGACGUAACGAUGCGACCGACGUUCAUCCUAUAGCCGUCCUACGUCCGUUAUAGAAAAGGCGCGCAAUAUUAAUAGCGCCCAGCUGCCUGAGCAAAGAAAACGAGAGAAAGUGAGUAUUUAAACAAUAAGAAUGACGGGCAGAAGAGGGGCUCUCAUCAUACUGGAAGGGGUUGACAGGGCUGGCAAAACUACGCAGUGCAAAAAGCUGGUCGAGGCGCUGCAGAAAAAUGGUCGGCCGGCUGAAAUGAUGAGAUUUCCAGACCGAACAACUACGAUCGGCCAGAUGAUUAGCUCCUACCUUGAGAAGAAGACCAACCUGGAGGACCACACAGUGCACUUGCUUUUUUCUGCCAACCGCUGGGAACUGGCGCCUCUGAUGAAGGAGAAGCUGCAGCAGGGUGUGAGUCUCGUGGUGGACAGAUAUGCCUUCUCGGGUGUGGCCUUCACCAGCGCCAAGCCAGGGUUCUGCUUGGAGUGGUGCAGGAACCCGGAUGUGGGGCUGCCCAAACCGGACCUGGUGCUGUUCUUAAAGUUGAGCCCGGACGAGGCAGCAAGUAGGGGUCAGUUUGGGGCCGAGCGCUACGAGACCAGCGACUUCCAGCAAGCUGUGCAGGACAGGUUUAAACAGCUGAUGAAGGAUCCAUCCUUGAACUGGCAGGAGAUGAAUGCCGCCAAGGACGUGGAGGAUUUGCACCAGGAGAUCCUGAAGCGGAGCAAAGCUGCGAUCGCAGAGGCCGAAAACCAGCCGAUUAAAGAGCUGUGGAAGGAAGGAAGUACUGUGCCCUGCUGACUGGCCCUCCAGUCAGGCAGCUGCUACGGUACACAGCUGGACGUGAUCCCAAGCUGCACCCCACUGCACAAACGGCUCACUGGCAUCUGUCUGGUUGGACACUGCUGAUGUUGGGAUGAAGAUGAGAACCUGAAGCUAUUUCUUAUAACAUAUCACCUGCCAUAGCACCUCAGAAAAGAACAUUUUUGCAGUUCUAGUCUGAAAUAUAUAUUUAUUACCUAUUAGACACAAUACAUCUGCUAUGUUUGUCAUUACCCACAAAGUGCGAACCUCAAAACUUUUGAUUUUAAUGAGUUUUAACUUUAUUUCAUUUUAUGACAUUCCUGCAGUAUGUUUAUACUGCCGGGGUUGCGUUUUAAGUGGCAUCCCAUAAUAAACACAACGGCCGAAGGUAA